AUGAAAUCUGUUCCAUACGUAUGUUAUGGUAAUUGUUUAUACAUUGAGUCUAAAAUAGCUAAUGUCACAGGCAUUUCAGGAGUUAAUAGUAAAGGUUCAGUAGAAUAUAAAUCCUUCUGUUAUGCAGUCAAUUCAAUGUUCAUUCCAAACGUUCCUGUCAUAGCAACUCAUUUAGGUAAAUGGGUUCGCAUUAGUCCUCAUAAUUUGAAAGACAUGCAAUUCAGACUUGUUGACUUUCAAGGAGAGCCUGUAGAACUGAAGGCACCAGUGCGAAUGACUGUUGAAGUUGACUUUUUAGAAAAUAUUAAAUGCAACAGCUUACAA